AUGGUUUUUGGUACCAUCUACACCUUUCCUGGCGAUCAACCCCGGACAAUAGCCAUCAAGGCAGUUGCCAAGGCAAAUGGCCUCGAUCUCGACGUCCGUGAGACGCCUAGGACUCCUGAGCAUCUGAGUGUUAGCAAGCUUGGGAAGGUUCCUGCUUUUGAAGGUGCGGAUGGCUUCAAGCUCUUUGAAAGCAUAGCUAUUGCUCUCUACUUGACUUCUCAAGAUGAACAGACAACCCUUCUCGGAAGUAACAAGAAGGAAUACGCCGAAAUCAUCAAGUGGAUGUCUUUCUUCAACUCCGAGAUCCUCAUCCCCAUGAGUCAAGUAUUAUUGCCUCUCAUUGGUAUAAUCCCCUACCAGAAGGAGCAAGUUGAGUUCUUCACCGACCUGACUCAGAAGGCCGUUGAUGUUGUAGAGGAGCAUUUGCAAAACAUCCCGUUCCUGGUUGGCGAGCGACUAACCCUUGCCGACCUCUUCUGCGCCGGAAACAUCGCUCUCGGCUUCCAGUUCUUCUACGGCAAAACUUGGAGGCAGGCAAAUCCAAACACGUCUCGUUGGUACGAGACCAUCUGCCACCAACCCAUCUAUGCGGCCGUAACUGAAAUGUUUCAGCUCCUCGAUGAGCCCAAACUGACCAACGUCCCGCCGGAGAAGAAACCUGAGAUACCUCAGCCUGCUGCUGAGGCUUCAGUCCCAGAUGCCCCUCCUGCAGAUGCCCCUAAGCCCAAGCAUCCUAUAGAGGCUCUGCCUAAGCCAACUUUCCCUCUCGAUGAGUGGAAGCGAUACUACUCAAACAAUGUCACCGGCGAGGCCAUGAAGUACUUCUGGGACAAGGUAACUUUUGAGGAAUACUCUAUCUGGAGAUGCGAUUACAAAUACAACAAUGAACUUACCCUGACCUUCAUGUCAAAUAACCUUAUCGGUGGCCUCAAUGCUCGACUGGAGGCCUCUCGUAAGUACAUGUUCGGCAGCGCCUCAGUCUAUGGCCAGAACCACGACUCGGUCAUACAGGGAGCUUUUGUCAUUCGCGGUCAGGAAUAUCAGCCUAUAUUUGAUGUAGCUCCAGAUUACGAGUGUUACGAAUUCACCAAGCUUGAUCCCAGCAACGCUGAGGAUCGUGAUUUUGUUGAGGCUCAGUGGACUUGGGACAAGCCUGCUACUGUCAACGGCAAGGAGUACAAGCACGCCGAUGGCAAGGUUUUCAAAUAG